GCCGGUGCCACCUACCAGAAGAUGGUGGAAUACCCCGUCGGCGGGGGUGUUUUUGAUGACGUUGUCCUCGGCCACGAUGUGCUGGCCCAGGCCAUGCCGGCCAAAGAUAGGGCCUACCUGAAGAGGCUCGGGGACGUGAAGGUGUACGAGGGCGGGAUGGACCUCCUCGUCCAAGGUGCCUUUAUGCUCAUGGAGAGCCAUAAGAGGCAGUACCGGGAGAUAGCUCAUCUGAAAGAGCUGGAGCAGAAAGCUGCCUCGGCCGAUGACGCGGUCGCUUGUUUGGAUAGGCUCCGGGAGGAUGCCAAAGCCUUGCAACAGAAGGCCGACGAGGCCGCCGCAGCCAGGGACGAUGCCCUGGCCAAACUCGAGGAGAACCAAAGGGCGCUGGAGGCCGAGCGGCGCAAAAACGAGGAAGCCGUGAAGGCGAAAGUUGAGGCCGAGGCUACCGCUGUGAAGGCUGCUGAUGAGGCCGUUGAGCAGUUCUUGGCCGAGGGGUGGAAGGCCGAUGAGCGGCUCCCUUGGUGUUAUGAAGUGGUGGCUGUCAGGCUUGAAGAUUGGGGGAUGAACUCCCCCACCGGCCAGGAGUAUUUCAGCAGGGAGAUGGCCGUGUAUUAUAACAUGGGCCAGGAGCGGAUGCAGAGGCUCCUGUGUCGGCGGCUAUCUCGUGCUCUGAAGGCCAUGAACUAUACGUCCGGGUGGGCUAGACGGAACUUGAAGCUUCCUAAGCUGAUGAAAGAUCCCGAAGAGCAGGCCAAGCUUCCUCUGUCGGAGCGGGAGUCCCCCAUUGAGAGUUCCGGCCUCGGCGAGCCGGAUUACACAGAAUUCGACUUCUUGGACGAUGCCACCAGUGCUGCGGCUGCCGCCGGCCAGGAGACUGAGGCCGAGGAGGGAGCCGACGACGUCGAAGAGCCAGCCGAGGAUGGAGGUGCUCAAGAGGCUUGAUCGACUAUUCCCCGCUCCCUUGUAAUUAGUUUCGCUUUUUUGCCGAAUUGAUGUAAUGGCCG